AUGUGGGGCCUGCUGCUCUGCGGGGGCUGGCUGCUGGCCGCCGGCUCCCCGGGGGGGGCCAUGGGGGGCUGCUGGCACCAGUGCUGCCCGGGCAGGAACAACGCCUGCUGGGCCCCAGGCGCCCGCCGGGCUCGCUGCUACUGUGACUCAUACUGCGAGAGGACAGGUGACUGCUGUGAGGACUACCAUGCCGUGUGCCGCCGCGCCGCAGUGGGCUGCGCGGUGGGGCCCUGGGGGCCAUGGAGCGGGUGCAGCUCCCCGUGCGGGGUCGGCAGCAAGGCCCGCAGCCGCCAGGUCACCGUCCCACCCCGGCACGGAGGGGAGCCCUGUCCCGACCUCAAGCAGCGCCGCGGCUGCCUGGGGGAGCACCCGACCUGCGGGACGGCCAAAGAGGUGGCCAAGAUAUUACCUGACUCCUUCAGCCGGGACUUCAGGGAUCCCUGGCGAAGAGCUGGGCUGCUGCUGCUGGAGGAGCCAUCCAGCGUGGCGGGGUGCCAGGGCUCGUGGGUGCAGGAAGGGCUGGAGGAGGGUUGUGUCUGCCCCCCGCCGGCUCUCAUCUUCGUGUAG